CACAAUAGAUAAACAUAAUCGUUAAACUGAUACCGGGCCAUUUUCAAUUUAAACGUGUUAGCCGGACUAUCACGUCCCCAUCUCCUCUCAUUAUCUCGCAAGAAUACACGGUCAGUUUUCGGAUGUUUUGUUUUCCGUGAAAGUGCCGUUAUUCGGUGCCGUGACUGUUGCGUGCAAUAAAUAUUUUUCGUUCGGAGGGUGAAAUGUGAUUCGUAAGCGUGGCGGGUUUUGUGAUGGUUUUGUGCGUGUCCGGUGGUGAGUGUGAUUUGAAUCUUGUUAUACGCGUCGAUUGGGUUGGCAAAUCGAAUCUCAAACUUCCAACUUUAGAGGUCGGCCACUGGAAGCAGCCGUUCCGGCGAAGUGAAAUGUGACAAGUGCGUUUAGAUUGAACGCGAAAGAGUUGACUGAAACCAAAAAGGAAAUAAUAAUAACAAUAAUGGACGGUACGAAUUGGCUGCAGGAAGACGGACACCCCGAUCACGACGUGAACUACUCGAACGGAUUGCCCUCGCAUGGUGAUCCGAACGGUGACGAUUUAGUGCACAACGUGACGUUGGAUAAUCCCGUGAAUAUCACUUAUUGCAAGGAGCUGUUCUUCGAACAGAUCAGCUAUUUCAAUGCCACGUUCGGCAACGACUAUUGCAAAACCGUGACCGAUCAAUUGGUCUGUUGGCCGCCGACACAGCCCAAUACGACGGCGACAGUCAAAUGCUUCUCUUAUCUCGGCGGACUCAGAUACGACGACACUCAAAAUGCAACACGAGAGUGUUAUCCGAACGGCACUUGGGCGAAAACGGUCUACGACAACUGCGUCGAACUGAAGCCAUACGAAGACGAUAAUGAAAUCCAGACAAAUAUUUACUUCAUCGGUUACUCCAUCAGCAUCGUAACACUCUCAAUAGCAAUAGGCAUCUUCACGUAUUUCAAGGAACUUCGAUGUUUGCGCAACAAAAUCCACAUGAACCUGAUGUGGUCCUACAUAUUGUUCUACAGUGUCUGGAUUAUCAUACUGUUUUUGAUUAAGAUGGGAGUGAUGCAUCAAUUCAGAUGUAUAUAUCUCAUAACCAUCCUCAAUUACUUCCACAUCUCCACGUUCUUCUGGAUGUUUGUCGAAGGUCUCUACCUGUACAUCCUCGUCGUUGAAACGCUGACAAGAGAAAACUUCAAACUGCGAAUAUACGUUUGCAUUGGAUGGGGAUCGCCUCUCCUGCUGGUUAUAGUGUGGGUGAUAACCGAAACCAUGACCCAGCCAGCGGAAGAAAUAUGCAGAUUCGGUUCGGACACAGAUUGGAUUUUCAACACGCCAAUCGCCGUCGUUCUCGUGCUCAACCUGAUGUUCUUGAUGGCCAUUAUGUGGGUGUUGAUCACUAAAUUAAGAUCGGCCAACACCGUGGAGACACAACAGUAUCACAAGGCGGCGAAGGCACUUCUCGUACUUAUGCCACUGCUGGGAAUCACCUACAUCAUCACCAUCUAUUGUCCGCCGAACAGCGAAUGGACCAUUCCCAUAACCAGGAUCAGAUGUGUUUUACUGUCCACACAGGGAUUCACGGUGGCCCUGUUCUACUGCUUCCUAAACACAGAGGUCCAGAACACGGUCCGUCAUCACCUGGAGAAUUGGAAAACGAGCCGUUCCUUGGGCCCGAGCCGUAACAGAUCCGGAAGCCGUAGCAAAGAUUGGUCGCCCAGAUCCCGAACCGAGAGUAUUCGACUGUACAGCCAACCCACAAGCUUAUACCACAAACGCGAAUCUUGCGCAUCCGAAGUAACAACCACCACCCUCGUCACCGUAAACGGCGGCUCCACCAAGCCAUCGAACGGAAGCGGCUCGCAGACGAGGAGUCCGUUCCUGCACCCGCCCAGACCAAGCUAUCCUGGUAACGUUUAAGCACCCCUAUCUAUUGUUGUAUAACUUUUCGGCGGGCAUUCGACCCUUAAGGGAAUCGGGGGCCUAACUUUCAGUCGUCGAAAAGUAGUUUUAUUUCCGAUGGAAUCUGUACGUGAAUUAAUGUAUGUAACAAUUACGAAUUUCUCUAGUGUAAAACAAAUAUUUGAUUUACAUUUUAUAAACAAUUGUUGUGCAAAUUGUGUGUACAACUUGUUUGGUACCAAUUUUCAUUUUAGAUGUAGAUGAAGAAAAAUUUUAUUUAAACUACAUUCCAUUUCAGUGCCAAUUGUUUUUUUUAACUACUUAAGUAUUAUCCUGAAACUAGGUCGUUAUAUGAACUAUUUUUGUCUUUGUAUAAAUGUUAAAUGUAUUUUUUUAUAUUCCUGUAAAUAUUAGUAUGUAAGUAUAUAUAAAAAGAUAUAGCUAAUGUUUUCGGUUAAAUUACUAUACUGUGGCAGGGUAUAUGUCCAUUAUAAUAAAAAUUAUAAAAUUUA